AUGAUGUCCAUGGUUAUUGCGACAGCCUCGGCCAAUUAUCUGGUGACGCGCGGAUACAACGCCGACGUGUGCAACGGAGACGAGGUCUAUCUCGCGUACUCGAGCGGGUGCUCGGUCGAGCAGCAGUGCCGGACGACUGGCGGACUGUACUCGACGACGGAAACGUGCUCAGACACGACGGUGGCGCCGACGACCACAGACCUGGUCACCGUUGCGUACUGGUCCGAUGACAAGUGCUCGGUGACCACCGGCGAUGGCCCGGAGACGCCUGCCAGGCCCCAAGUCCAAGCGCUUCAUGCGUAUGACGAGGCUCACGAGUAAGUCUGCGCCCAGACGGGCCCGGAGAGUCCCUGACUACGGUCGGGGGCUUCGUCCGACGUUCGGUUGGCCGUGGACCCUCUAGUCUACAUCAUUAAACUGAUUCACACACGCAGA